UUCCUCAGCUCUCUGUUCCAAGUAUUUGUAGGGUUCUUUCUUCUUCUCCACCUCCUUUCUCACUUCCCUUUCUAAUUUUAAUCACUGUUUCCUUUUCGUCCCGUCCAAAUUUGGACGAAAAUUGACGCAUUCGUUACGAUAUUAAUGGCUUCUUCAGAAGUAAACCAUCUUGCUCAGCCUUGCGUCUACGGGCAAUUUGUUUCCUCAUAUGCCGAGAGAAAGUCUCGCUUCAUGAAAUGGAUUGGCAAAGUCUUUAAAGUGGGAUCGGGUCGGAGAGUAAUGGGUGGUCGGCAUCCACAAUUUCUCGGGGAUGAGAACAUUGUGUCUCGUGCUCCAGUUAGAUCUACGGAUGAGAGAUCUAGAACUGAGAAUGAUGAGUUGGACCAUGCAAUCGCACUUUCUCUGGCGGAAGAUUCUAAAAAACGACAAGGGUACAGAAGCCGCAAGGACAAUGAUGAAGACCUUUCUAGAGCACUUCAAGAAAGCACGAAUAUGUCUGGAUAUCCUCCUUACCCUCCACCACAAUAUUUCCCUGGAGGAUAUAGAUUUUGUGGUGGCUGUAAUCGUGAUAUAGGCUAUGGAAAUUAUUUAGGGUGUAUGGGAACCUACUGGCACCCAGAGUGUUUCCGUUGUCAUGCUUGUCAUCACCCGAUCACUGAGAAUGAGUUUUCCUUGUCAGGGAGGCAUCCAUACCACAAGUCCUGUUUCAAAGAGUUGCACCAUCCCAAAUGUGAAGUCUGCCUCAAAUUUAUCCCUACAAAUGGAAGUGGUUUAAUCGAGUAUAGAUCUCAUCCAUUUUGGUGUCAAAAAUAUUGUCCUUCACAUGAGUAUGAUAAUACUGUUCGUUGUUGCAGUUGUGAGCGGUUGGAGUCAUGGAAUGCAAAAUACAUUUCUUUGGAUGAUGGAAGGAGUUUAUGCUUUGAGUGCAUGGAGUCUGCUAUCAUGGAUACGGGUGACUGCCAACCCCUUUACCAUUCCAUCAGAGAUUACUAUGAAGGAAUGAAUAUGAAACUAGAUCAACAGAUUCCCAUGCUUCUGGUCGAAAGACAAGCCCUCAACGAAGCUAUUGAGGGGGAGAAAAAUGGCCACCAUCACAUGCCUGAGACAAGGGGUUUAUGUCUAUCCGAAGAGCAGACUGUUACCGGUAUACUUCGAAGGCCGAGAAUUGGGGGGAACCGGCUUACAGGCAUGAAAACACAAUCCCAAAAGCUGACUAGGAAGUGUGAGGUUACAGCCAUCCUUGUUCUGUAUGGUCUCCCAAGAUUACUAACAGGAUCUAUCCUUGCCCAUGAAUUGAUGCAUGGAUGGUUACGUCUGAAAGGAUACCGCAAUCUAAGCCCUGAGGUGGAGGAAGGCAUCUGUCAGGUGCUCUCUCACAUGUGGCUCGAGUCAGAGGUCAUGCCUCGAUCAAGAGGCAUGCCAUCUACAUCAAUGGCUUCAUCAUCGUCUUCUUCUUCAUCAUAUAAAAAAGGUAGUAAAUCUGAGGUCGAGAAGAAGCUGGGUGAAUUCUUCAUGCACCAGAUUGCUCAAGACACAUCAACAGCCUAUGGAGAAGGAUUCCGAGCUGCCAAUGCUGCUGUCAAUAGAUAUGGGUUACGUAGUACUCUGGACCAUAUUCGCCUGACGGGAAACUUUCCGUUGUAAGUGCAUUAGCAGUGAUUUGUAUUCAUCGGAGGAUGCUUUGUUAAAUAGGCUCCCUCCUUGAGAUAAUUUUACUGCUGUGCCUUGGAAGGAUUGAGCUGAUUGUGGAAACAUGGAUCAGCUCCCCUUAGUUUUUGUGGGGUCAUUCAGGGUUGGUUGUUUAUUAAAUAUUGCUUUUCCAAAUGUAAUAAUAUGCAUGUAUCUAUUACUUUCCUAAACCUAUUAUCUUCUGUAAAUAUAUGUCCAAACAUAUUUCAGAGAGAUUAACU